AUGACUACUCGCAAACAGACAAAAUUCUCCACCAAAAUUCAGUUCUACCUGAAGCACAGAGAGUCGCGCAUACUGAAGCUGUGCAACGAUACCAUAGGUCCAGUGCCGAACGAUUCACUGAGCAAAGCGAUCUUCAGACUGUUGUCCAAGCCGGUAGACAAUAAAGGCAUUAUACAACUUUUUGUCGACAAGGGUCAGCAAUCUGCGCAAUCGAACGCCACGAGCAACAGCAGCAGUAGCAGCAGCAACAACACUGUGAAGACCGUACUGCCAGAGUAUCAGAAGGAGGUGGAACGCUUCCACGGGCGCAUCAUCUGUAACGACAACACCUGCAUCAUCGACCCGGUCGCCUCUCCUAAGAACGACAGCAAUUCGAAUCCUCGCACACAUUCCUUCCGAAUUGUCUCGUUCAGCAAGGAGAGCGAAGCGGCCCGGGUUGGUGGUGGCGGUGGCGGUGGUAGUGACGCAUUUGCCGCCACCGACGAUGAGACGGGUGGUGCGACGGCCGAGCAGGAGCAGGCGCAGAACCUCAUCACACGAUCGCCGGCGUCACCGUCGGCGGUUACUGCCACCAACGUCGUACCGAUGGCUGGUGGGUCGACCAGUAACCACAAGGCGAUCCUGAUGUGCUUCAGCUGCAAGCUCAGCUUCGGCACCUGCCGAUCCUUUAUAGCGCAUGCCAAAAUAGAGCACAGUCUCACACUGAACGACUACGAGCGGAUGCUGCUGGAGAAGAACUACAGCAGUGCCAUCAUACAGACGAAUGCUGAGAAGCAAUUCUUUUUUCUGGUUCCUUUCGAAGAGAAAUCUUCAGCCAAUAGUAACAGUAGGAAGCAUGUGGAGGGUGAAGAGAGAUACAAGACCAAUAGUAGUAAUAGCGGUAGCAACAGCAGCAGUAGUAGCAGCAGCAGCAACAGCAGUAUGAACAGUGCUACCAACGCGAUCGGUGCCGGUAGCACGGUCGGUGGCAACACCCACCUAGGCAACAGCAACAUCAAUGGCAAUCACAACACCAGCAACAGCAGUGGCAGCAAUGGCAACAACAACAACAGCAGCAGCAGUAGCAACAACAGCACGAACAAUGGCAUUCUCGGGUUGCUAUCACAGCAGCAGCUGCAACUGCAUCAACAACAGCAGCAACAACACCAACAGCAGCAGCAGCAUCAACAACAACACCAACAGCAGCAACAACUUCAGCUACAACAGCACCACCUACAGCAGACGGUCACCCAUCCUGCGGACGCGUUCCCACCCGGCAGCAUCGGGUUCGAUGCCGCCGGCAGCUUUCCGAAGCUCGCCGCCAACAACGCGCUGCUGUACGAGCAAAGCUGGAAGCUGGCGGCGGAAAAGUACAGCAACGCGAUGAACGAAAGUGCGGCGAUUGCGGCGGCCGCCGCCGCCGCAGCUGCUGCAGCUGCCGCCGCUGCCGGUGACGGCGACAAGAAGGUAACCGGCAACGGGGGCAAUGGGGGCGGGGUGGCCAGUGCUGCCGCCGCCGCGGUCAGUGGGAAGCUGUUGACCGAUUUUCUGAACCAGCAGAAGAUGCUCAGCAGCGUCGGGGAGAAUCUGUACGGCAAGCAGAACAAGUUUCUCGAGCUGAUCAGUUCGGCGGCGGACAUGAAGCUGAAUCCGCUGGCGGCGGCUGCGGUGGCGGCGGUAGCCUCCAGCAAGGGCGCCGGACCGGGUGGGUUGCCGGAUAUGGGUGCGAGCGGCGGGAGUGGUGGUGGCGGCGGUGGUGGUGGCGGUGCUGCUGACUUCCAUCUGAAGAAGUACAGCCCGGUGGAUUUGUACAAGCAGUUGAUUGCGAACAACUUCCGACCGGAAGCGAUGGACGUCGGGGAGGAGUUGAAGAGCGAACAUCAGAUCAGCGUGAAGAAGCUGGAACCGGAACCUUCGACUGCAUUCCGGAACAGCAACUUCAGCCCGAACAUUUCGACACGCAACUCCUGCAAGACGCUCAAAUGUCCGCAGUGCAACUGGCAUUACAAGUACCAGGAAACGCUCGAGAUCCACAUGCGGGAGAAGCACCCGGACGGUGAGACGGCCUGCAGCUACUGUCUGGCCGGCCAGGCCCAUCCGCGCUUGGCCCGGGGGGAAUCGUACACCUGCGGGUACAAGCCGUACCGGUGCGACAUCUGCAACUACUCCACCACCACCAAGGGCAACCUGUCGAUUCACAUGCAGAGUGACAAACAUCUGAACAACAUGCAGGACCUGAACGGCAUGAUGAACAAAAGCAACCAGAGCUUCCUUAACCUCGCGACUCUGCAGGCGAACGAGAAGGUGGUGAACAGUUCGCGCAAUCAGUAUAUGGCAGCGGCGGCCGUGGCCGCAGCGACCGCCCCACUCUCCUCGAUGUCGGGCAAGCUUGGCGGUGGUGGUGGUGGUGGCGGCGGUGGUGGUGUUGGUGGCGGCGUUGGUGGUGGUGGCGGUGGCGGUAGCGUCCAGUCCAAGGAGACGGGCCCGGUUGGGUAUGAAGCCGGCGGUCGGCCGAAAUCCUUCUUCAAGUGUGACAUCUGCAACUACGACACGAACAUCGCGCGCAACCUGCGCAUCCACAUGACGAGCGAAAAACAUAUCAGCAACCUGAACUCGUUCCAAUCUAGCUACAAUCAGCUGAAGAGCCUGCAGAGCCUGCAGCAGCAGUCGGACAAUCUCGACUACCUGAGCGCGAUCAAUCUGAACACGCUGAAGGAGGAUUCGCCGAUGGCCCGGGUGGAUGAGUACACGGCGGCGGCGGCGGCGGCUGCUGCAGUCGCGGCAGCCACCGCCAGUGCCGCUGGUAAUAACAGCACCGGCAGUAGCAGCAGCCUGAAGCCACUGUCGAUGCCGUCGUCACCGUUCGGCGCACCGCUCGAGACGGCCACGCCCGAUUCGCUCUUCCUGAAUCAGCCGUCACCGUUCAGCGGGGCGAGCGAGCCCGGCAACGACCGGGACUACCAUCACCAUCAGCUGGACGAGGACAAAAACCCGCUGCACUUCGAUCCACCGAUCCGGCUGUCGCUCGACCCCGUCACGUACUACAGCUGUCUCGUGUGUGCAGACUUCGAGACGAACAAUCUGGAGGAGCUGAAGAAGCACGUGCUGAAGGAUCGUACGAGCAGCGCGAUGGAUGCGAUACUGGUCGCCGGCCAGGAGUGUCUCCUCUGCGGGCAGAAGGCACACGACCGGUCGGAGCUGGAACGGCACCUGAAGGCGGAGCACCAUCUGCGGCGGCUCGAGCUGAUGAUACAUCUGCUGGAGGGGCGCGACAAGACGGCGACCAAGUUGCGCCAGUACGUCGGCCAGGAGCUGUACAAGAAGCUGCAGCUCAUCUUCCCGUUGGCGGAGGAACCGAAAUUUCCGUACGAUGAGAUGCCAAGCGUCAGUGAAAUUUCGCGCUCUCCGCUAAUGUUGCUACUCGAGCCAAAAACCGAGCUUAUCGAGCGGGAUUUCGCGACCGGCGCGAACGGUAUCGAUAGUGAACAAUCAGCGUCCUCCUCGUGUCCGGACAAUGUGCAGCUCAAGUGUAACUGUUGCAACUUCUACACCACCUCGCUGGAGAAGAUCGGCAUACACAGCCUGUCGGAGAAGCACAUCUUCCGGCGCAUCUGCUUCGACUAUCUGCUGCUCAUCUCGAGCGAAAAGUCCACCCUGGCGAACGUUGGCGUGAAGAGUGAAGAUGGAGCAAAGCAGCAGCAGCAGCAAUCCUCGCCGAAAGCUGCCCAGCUGAUGCUGACCUGCGUGCCCUGUUGCUUCAAGACCGACCACAUCUACUACAUGAUACACCAUCUCAAGAAGAGCUGCAAGGUGGAGCAGAACAUCAACCUGCUAGGGUUGCGCAACAUUUUCAAGCUGACAGCUAAAGGUUUAGACGCCCAAGAUGCAAUGGAUACGGGCGACAACGGGCUGUGCAGCAUACUGCAGGAGAAGAAGAUGUGGAACGGUGAGAACGCCAGCAACCGGCAGGCGACCGGUGGCUGCAAGGAUCGGUGCCUCGUGUGCAGCGUCUGCAACAAGUUCUCCUCGAAGAAGGUGAACGUGAUGCAGCAUCUGCUCGCAAACCACAACGCGGGCAACGAGCUGCUCGGCGGUGCGGAACUGUCACCGGCCGUGCCGUCGCACGCGCGCAAACCGUUCGACUAUCUGCGCACGCUGACCGAGGCCCGGUGCGCGCAGAAUUUGCGCCAGAUCGAGAAGGUCACCUUCAUGAGUGACUCGUUCGCGCUGAAGGAAAACUGCAACGAUCUGAAGCACGGCAAUCUGGCGGAGAUGUUGGAGCAGUACGCGGCACGGCAGGACGCGAACGACAGCUUCACCGCCCGUUCGCCAACGCUGGAGAGGCAGCAGUACGCGCCGACCCUGUCCUGUCCACUGUGUGCGGAAGCGUUCCUCGACCAGGCGACGGUGGAAACGCACGUGCUGCGCGUCCAUAACAUCAAGAUGGACGGGUUGAAUCGGCUGCUGAAGCUGGUCGAUACCUCGCAAUUUUUGAAAACGACCAACGGCAAACAGCAGCCGUCGAGCAACAGUAGCAGCCCGGUGGAGAAGCCGGGGUCGCCCCAUUCACCGUCCGGCGGCAAGGAGGGUUCGGUGUCGCCGGGCGUGCCGAGCAUCCGGUGCGCGUACUGCAAGGCCUCGUUCGACACGAUGGUCGACCUGAAGAUACACUGCAACGAGAGCAGCCACUUUCGGCGCAGUGCGGACACGGACGAUCUCGCCUGCUUCCUGCACGACUGCAAGGACGCGUUCGACAACCUGGCCGACCUGAACCAGCACUUCAAGGCGAGCCAUCUGAACUUCCUCAUCUCCGAGCAUCACACGUACCGGUACCGGUGCAAACAGUGCCCGUUCGCGUUCAAAACGCACGAGAAGCUGAGCCGCCACCUGUUCUACCAUUCGCUGCGCGAGUCGACCAAGUGCUUCUACUGCGACCAUCACUUCAAGAACAUCCACUCGCUGACGGCCCACAUCGCGGAGAAGCACCCGCAGGAGGCGCUCCAGUCCGGCAAGCCAUCGCCGCCGGGCAUCGCCUCACCGGACGCGUCCAUACUCUUCUUCAAGGAUCUCAAGCGCAAGAUGCUCAACAGCCAGCAGCAGCAGCAGCAGCAGCGGAACGAGUUGAGUCCGCGCUCGGAUCGGUCCGGCGGGCGGGACGCGAAUCGGGACAGCGUCGACGAGGAUCGUCUCAGCGAAAAGUCGGUCAGCUCGAAAAGUAGCAGCUUCUACUACGACAAAAGUCUCGACGGCAGCGGCACGUCCGAGGGUCGCUACACCUGCACGGACUGUCAGUUCACCUUCACCGAUUCCGGUGCGCUCGAGCGCCAUCUUGCCACCGCCUGUCACAUGCCGCGUGACGACAAAGCGUCCCCCGACUCGCUGGCUGCCUCGCUGAUGUCUUCCCUCGCCAAGCAUCACCAGCAGCAGCAGCAGCAGCAGCAGCAACACCAGCAGCAACAGGUGCAGCAGCAGUCGCAACACCAACCGCUGUCGACGACGACGUCCUCCACGUCCUCCUCCUCCAGCACGCAGAUGAGCUCCCUGUUCUACGACAUCAAGUCGGAGAAGUUCACCAACCCGAACCGACCGUUCAAGUGCACGAUCUGCAUGGAGAGCUUCACGCAGAAGAACAUCCUGCUGGUGCACUACAACAGCGUGUCGCAUCUGAACAAGCUGAAGAAGCUGAAGGCGGAGAAGGGUUUCGCGCAGAUGUUUACCGGGUCGCUGCUCGGGGCGGAUAUCGCCGGGGCGGCCGACGGCUGCACGGACCGGGGCAAGAACUCACCGUCGCCGACCGUGCCGUUCGGGGAGAAGGCCGCCACACCCUUCACGAUGCCCGCGUUCGCGGAGGGUUGCGGUGGCACCAGUGGUGGUGGUGGUGGUGGUGGCGAAAAGCGAAAGGAGGUCGGUGACGAGAAGGAGUCGGCACGGAAAAAGUUCAAGUGCGACAUAUGCAACGUCGCGUACACGCAGGGCAGCACGCUGGACAUCCACAUGCGGAGCGUGCUGCACCAGACGCGUGCCUGCCGACUGCAGGAGCGCAGUCUGUUCACCGGCCAGUCGAACACGGCCCAGCAGCAGGCGCAGCAACCCUCGCCGCAGGGCGCGGAAGGCAAGAAGAAGAGUGAGUUCCCGCUGAUCCAUCCCAUUCCCGAGAGUCGCGAUCAGUCGCCCAACAUGCUGGACGAGGUGUCGAUGCGCAAGCUCAAGUCGCCAUCGGAGCAGGCGCAGCAGCAACAGCAGCAGCAGCUCCAUCAGCAGCAGGCGCUCGGGCCGCUGUUUUGCGGUGUUCCCGUCGGCGGCAACGGACCGGAGAAGCCCGAAAUCUGUGUCUGCGAAUGCUGCUACCAGGUGUUCCCGGGUAAGCUGAUGCUCGAGACGCACCUCGAGCUGAGCCCGGAGUGUCUGGCCCAGCGCAAGAAGCUGCUCGACACCGCCACCGGUCUGCCGGAGCCGGGCGGUCCGAUCGGGUACCCGUCGGACGGUGGCUUCCCCCAUCACCAGGCGCUCAGCGAGCUGGCGAAGGUGAACGCGCUGACCGGUGGGUUUGAUCUCGGUGCGCCGGGCGACGCAGCCGCACUGCUCGGCGCGAAGGGUCUCGUGCCGGCGAUGGACCCGGCCGCAACCGCCGCAGCAGCUGCCGCCGCCGCCAACCUGAUGGAUCCGAGCUUCCUGAAGAACGCCUCGCUGCUGCAGUUCGCCGCCACCGAUCCGGCCAGCAAGCUCAACCCGAACGCACUGAACGUGCUCAACUUCAUGCACUUUCACCAUCUGAUGUCGCUCAGCUAUCUGAACCUGGCGCCGCAGCUGAGCUUCGGAGGUGUACCGCCGAAGGUGGGCGGGGGUGAUCCCACCAAACCGGACGGAUCGCCCGGUGGGGGUGGGGUGCACGGCGAUCCCGUCACCAAGGGUGGUAAGACAUCGUCCGGUGCUGGCGUCGUGCUGCCGCCCGUCAGCCUGAACGGCAAGCCGCUCGAUCUGAACCUGCUGCCGCACGGGCUCGACCCCAAGCUGGCCGGCCAGUCGCCGCAGCAGCUGGGCCAGCAGCCGGGGCUCGGCGGGCAGCAGGCCCAGCAGCAGCAGCAGCAACCCUGCACCCAGAAGCGGGCCCGGACACGCAUCACCGACGAGCAGCUGCGCAUCCUCCGCUCCCACUUCGACAUCAACAACUCGCCGAGCGAGGAAAGCAUCCAGGAGAUGUCGCUGAAGGCGAACCUGCCGCAGAAGGUGGUGAAGCACUGGUUCCGCAACACGCUGUUCAAGGAGCGCCAGCGCAACAAGGACAGCCCGUACAACUUCAGCAUCCCACCGUCGACGAAGCUGAACGUGGAGGAGUACGAGCGAACCGGCGAGGCGAAGGUCACCGACCUGGAGACGUCGUUCAAGUCAGCGGGCGACGUGGUGGGGUCCCUGUCGCAGGAGAACUCCUGCUCCCAGAGCUCCACCGACAUGAGCAAAGCGCUGAACGAGGCGAUGAAGCAGAACCUGUCCAAAUCGUUGCUGGAGUCGCUGAGCAAGCACCAGUCCGCCACUGGGCAGGAUUUGGUUGGGGCCGCCGCAGCCUUCCACCUCAACAAGAGCCUCUUCCCGGACACGUUCGGUGGCGGAGGUGGCGGUGUCGGUGUGGGCGGUGGGCCCGAUUUCUCCGGCCCGGACGCGGUCGGUUCCGUGUCGGAUUACUUCCAACGGGCGGCUGCCGAUGCGGUCGCGCUGGGUGCAGCUGUCGGCGGCGGCCCCGGUUCCGUCGGUGGCCCACUGUCGAUGGCUAUCGGCGGUGCGGGCGUUGGUGGCGGCGGUACCGGUGGAUCGAUCGUUACUGGCAACGGUGGUGGCGGUGGGGGUGGUAAUGGCGGUGGAGGUGGCGGCAAGAAGAAGAAGAUCAAGUCGGAAUCGUCCAACGACAGUCCGACGCCGGCCGACCUGCAGCUCGACUCGUCCAACUCCAGCCCGAUGCCGAUGCGGCCACCGAGCGCCAUCUCGCUGAAGAAGCACAUGGCAACGCCACCGACGCUGGUGGUGGGCGAGGAGAUGAAGAUACCGAGCCCGAUCGAGAGCCCGGUCAUUUCGCCGCCCGGUGCGAUGGGGUUGCAUGCGCUCCCGCCGCAAACGCAACCGAUCACCUGCUCGAACGGCAAGCGGGCGAACCGGACGCGGUUCACCGACUACCAGAUCAAGGUGCUGCAGGAGUUCUUCGAGAACAACUCGUACCCGAAGGACAGCGAUCUGGAGUAUCUCAGCAAGCUGCUGAUGCUCUCACCCCGCGUUAUCGUCGUGUGGUUCCAGAAUGCCCGCCAGAAGCAGCGCAAAAUCUACGAAAACCAGCCCAACCCGACGUUCGAGUCGGACGAGAAGAAGGCGAUCAACAUCAACUACACCUGCAAGAAGUGUAACCUCGUGUUCCAGCGGUACUACGAGCUGAUACGCCAUCAGAAGAACCACUGCUUCAAGGAGGAGAGCAACAAACGGUCCGCCAAGGCACAGUUGGCCGCCGCCCAGAUCGCCCACUCGUUCACCAGCGGCAGCGAAGAUUCCGACUCGAGUCUCGACGUGAGCCGGCGCGAGUUUCAACCGCGCGAGAACGACUGCCCUUUCUAG